AUGCCGAGGAGAAGGGCAAGUGCCAUAAAGCCUACUGAACCAGAAAAGCCUGUUGAGUCUGAAGAGCGGGUGGACCUUGAUGAAGACAAUGAUCUUGAGGAGACAAUAGAGGAAGAGGUUGAAUAUGAAGAAGUAGAAGAAGAAGAGGUGGAGGAAGAGGAAGACGAGGAGGAAGACGAAGAGGAAGAGGAGGAAGAGGAGGUGGAGGAAGAGGAGGGGAGAAAUGGUGCCAAUGUAGCUGAUGCCCAAAAAGGUCGAGACAGUGAUGAGGAGAUGAAUGCUGCUGAGGCAGUAGAGGAUGUGGAAAAAAAGCAUGCCGAGCUUCUUGCACUUCCUCCUCAUGGUUCGGAGGUAUACCUUGGUGGCAUACCUCAAGAUGCCUCAGAAAAUGAUCUGAGGGGAUUUUGUGAAUCAAUUGGAGAAGUAGCAGAGGUCAGGAUAAUGAAGGGAAAAGACUCAAAUGAGAACAAGGGCUAUGCGUUUGUCACCUUCAGAACUAAUGAAUUGGCUUCUAAGGCUAUUAAGGAGCUUAAUUAUACCGAGCUGAAGGGAAGAAAGAUAAGGUGUUCAACAUCUCAAGCCAAGCAUCGAUUGUUCAUUGGUAAUGUUCCCAGAAACUGGGGAGAGAAAGAUAUGAGGAAGGUUGUGUCAAAGAUAGGGCCGGGUAUUAUAUCAGUGGAACUGCUGAAGGACCCACAGAACUCCAGCCGGAAUCGGGGGUUUGCAUUCAUUGAGUAUUAUAAUCAUGCGUGUGCAGAGUAUUCGAGACAAAAAAUGUCAAACCCAGAAUUCAAGCUCGAUGAUAAUGCUCCCACUGUGAGUUGGGCUGACCCAAAAAAUGCCGAGUCUUCAUCUAAUUCCCAGGUGAAAGCAGUCUAUGUGAAGAAUUUGCCCAAAGAUAUUACCCAGGAUGAGUUAAGAGAGCUGUUUGAACAUCAUGGAAGGAUCACAAAAGUAGUUCUUCCUCCUGCAAGGCCAGGGCAAGAAAAGAGCAGAUUUGGUUUUGUUCAUUUUGCAGAAAGGUCAAGCGCCAUGAAGGCCUUAAAGAACACUGAGAAGUAUGAGAUAGAUGGUCAAGUUUUGGAGUGCUCACUUGCCAAGCCACAGGCAGAUCAGAAGCCUUCUGGUGGCCCAAACUCUCAGAAGUCAGCCUUACUUCCUAGCUACCCGCCUCAUGUUGGUCAUGGUUUGGUUGGGGGUGCCUAUGGUGUUUUAGGUGCAGGAUAUGCUGGUGCAGGCUUUGGACAACCACUGAUCUAUGGGAUGGGACCUAGCCCUGCUGGCAUGGCAAUGAUGCCCAUGCUAUUGCCUGAUGGAAGGAUUGGAUAUGUUUUGCAACAGCCAGGAGCACAACAACACACACAACCACCACAGCAAAGAGGUGGUUGGAGUGGUGAGGGAGGAGGCUCAAGUGGGGAAAGAAGGGGAAGUGGCAGUGGCCGUGGACACAGUCGUUAUAACCCUUACUAACGGCGCAUUGCAUAUGAACAAUUACCGCCGGUAAGGUAGGAAAGCCGAAAUGCUCCAUAAGUUGGUUUUAUUUGCUUCCAUGGAAGUAUUUAGUAGCUUGACCACAGAGCUAACAUCUUCACCGCUAUAAAGUGUUCCUAAGGAAUUUCUGAUGAUUGCAUUUCGUUUUGAUUGUUUGUACCAACUAUAUUCACUCUUGACAAAUGACUCUCUCUCUCUCUCUCACACACACACACACACUGCACGUCCACAGUAUAUGGAUUAUGUGAAACUGAAGAUCUUUCGAACUAGUCUAAACUGGAGAGGCAAAUUCUGGCAUCUGGUAUUUUUGCAAGAAAUUGGAGGAAAAGCGAGGAUGGGGGUAGAGGAGGGGAAAAAGAAGAAGAAGAUAACGCGAAAAGUGAGGCUGGAAGGGGAUGGUUACAGUUGUGGGAUGUUUAGAUCGGAGAAGAAUUGAACUAAAUUUCUACACUAG